CUCACCAGUCACCACCACUCCUCGGUCUGACAGAAGCCGUUGCUUGCGUCGGAGACGACCGCACUGACGCGAUGGAGAUGCCGGCGCCGAUCAAGACGGGGUCGUGGAGCCCUGAGGAGGACGCCCUGCUGGUGGCCCUCGUCCGGCAGCAUGGCGCGCGGCGGUGGAGCGUGAUCAGCGCCGGCGUGCCCGGGCGCACGGGCAAGUCGUGCCGGCUGCGGUGGUGCAACCAGCUCAGCCCGGCCGUGCAGCACCGUCCUUUCACGGCGCAGGAGGACGCGCUCAUCAUCGCCGCGCAGGCGCGCUACGGCAACAAGUGGGCCGACAUCGCGCGCCUCCUCCCCGGCCGCACCGACAACUCCGUCAAGAACCACUGGAACUCCAACCUCCGCAGGUGCCAGCGCCGCGCCAAGGCCAUGGCCGCCGCCGCCGCCGCGCGUGCCGCCGCCUCCUCCUCGUCGUCGUCCGGAUCGGCCGCGAGAGCCAAGACGCAACAGCAGGAACAGGUCGUGGUGAUGAACGGGACGCCGCCGGCCGCCGUGCAUGGAGCGGGUAGUGCUGCUGUCGAUGACCCGCUGCCAAUGCCGUCGCUGACGCUGAGCCUGGGCCUGCCCCAGAUGGCCGCGGACAGGGCGUCGGAGGAGGCAAAGGCAAAGGAAAAGGAAAAGACACCACCGCCGGUGGGCGUGGGGGACGAUGAAGUGCGGCUGAUGGCGGCGAUGCGGCAGAUGGUGAGGGAAGAGGUGGAGAGGCAGGCAGGGCAGCUCUUGUACUCGGUCGUCAUGGCCACCACCGCUGCCAGGACCGACGGGACAUCGCCGUCCGAUCGCCCAACCAACGGCCACCACUAAGGUGGGUAGUAAAUCAUAUAUGGAUGGUUUUCAGUGUAAUCUCUGUCAUUUAAGUUUGUGUUGUUUCAAAACAUCCCCCUGUUGAAUCAUGUAUUAUGUUCCAUGUUUGAUAUUGGCAUGUUGCUUGAA